CGCCCCCCCUCGCCCCCCCCAGGGCCAUGAAGCGCCCCCGCUGUGGGGUCCCGGACCGCUUUGGGGCGGAGGUGAAGGCCAACGUGAGGCGCCGCCGUUACGCCAUUCAGGGCUCCAAGUGGGAGCAGCGCGACAUCACCUUCUGCCUGCAGAACCACACCCCGAAGGUGGGGGAGGCGGCCACCCGCGCUGCCAUCCUCCGCGCCUUCGGGGUGUGGGCGUCCGUCACCCCACUGCGCUUCCGGGAAGUCCCCCCGGCGCCGCCCCCCCCCGCCGACAUCGUCCUCUUCUUCGCCGAGGGCUUCCACGGCGACAGCUCCCCCUUCGACGGCGAGGGGGGGUUCCUGGCCCACGCCUACUUCCCCGGGCCCCACAUCGGGGGGGACACGCACUUCGACGGCGCCGAGCCCUGGACCACGCGCAACGACGACCUCAGCGGUCACGACGUGUUCCUGGUGGCGCUGCACGAGCUGGGCCACGCGCUGGGCCUGGAGCACUCCAGCGACCCCUCGGCCGUCAUGGCGCCCUUCUACCAAUGGAUGGACACCGCCCCCUUCGUGCUGCCCGACGACGACCGCCGCGGCAUCCAGCAGCUCUACGGGCCGGGUCCCAACAUGCCCCCCCCGGACCCCCGCGGCACAGCGCUGCCCCACGACCCCGACCGGCCGCCCCACGGCCCCCCCUAUGGGCCCCGCAUCUGCGACGGCGGCUUCGAUACCAUCGCGGUGCUCAGGGGGGAGAUGUUCGUGUUCAAGGAGCGGUGGCUGUGGCGGCUGCGGGAGCGCCGGGUGCUGCCCGGUUACCCCCUCCCUAUGGGGCAGCUGUGGCCCGGACUGCCCCACAGCAUCGACGCCGCCUAUGAGAGGAAGGACGGCAAGUUCGUCUUCUUCAAAGGCGGGCGGCAGUGGGUGUUCUCGGAGGCGGCGCUGCAGCCGGGCUUCCCGCGCGCUCUGCCGGACGUGGGCCGGGGGCUGCCGGAGCGCAUCGACGCCGCGCUGCUGUGGCUGCCCAGCGGGGCCACGUACCUCUUCCGGGGCGACAAGUACUACCGGUUCAAUGAGGAGACGGAGUCGGUGGACCCCGAUUACCCCAAAAGCAUUUCCGUGUGGGGCGGCGUCCCCGAAUCACCCCAAGGAGCAUUUAUGGGGUCGGAUGACGCCUACACGUACUUUGUGAAGGGCUCCCGCUAUUGGCAGUUCGACAACCGCCAGCUGCGCGUCACCCCGGGUUACCCCAAAUCCCUGCUCCGCGAUUGGCUGGGCUGCCCGGAGCCCCGCCCACCACCCCGCCCUGGCCCCGCCCCUUCCUCUUCCCCGCCGGAAACGGGCGCCGGGGGGGGGGGUGGGGAAACGGAAGUCAUCGUCAUCGAAGUGGGCGGGGAAGGGGCGGGGCCCGGAGCGGUGGCCACGCCCCUGGCGCUGCUGGGGGGGGCCGGGGGGCUGCUGGCGGCCGUGCUGUGGUUCCGCCGCCGGGGGGCGCCCAAGAAACUGCUGCGCUGUCAGCGCUCCCUCCUGCCCCGCGUUUAGGCCACGCCCCCCCCACCCCCCCCAGACCUGCGUGGCCACGCCCACUCCCCCCACCACCCCUCCCGUGUUGUCAAUGGGAGAGAGGCCACGCCCACACUGCCCAAGCCACGCCCACAAUCACACACCACGCCCCCGACCUGCGUGGCCACGCCCACUCCCCCCGUGUUGUCUAUGGGACAGAGGCCACGCCCCCGAGCCACAAGGCCACGCCCACAACAUGUCAGGACACGCCCACACUGCCCAAGCCACGCCCACAAUCACAGACCACGCCCCCGACCUGCGUGGCCACGCCCACUGCCCCCCUCCACCGUCCCGUGUUGUCUAUGGGAGGCCACGCCCACAACGUGUCAGGCCACGCCCACCCCGCCAGUGACACGCCCACACUACUCCAGCCCCGCCCACAAUCAGGCGGUGCUCGCCCCACUCAAGCCACGCCCACCUAUCCCAGGCCACGCCCUCAGAGCUGUCAGGCCUCACCCACUCUUCUCUAUGGGGAAGGGAGGCCACGCCCACCUCACCCAGACCACGCCCACCCUGCCCAAGCCACGCCUCCCACCCCCGGCACAGGCAAGCCACGCCCACUCUUUCUCCCCCCCCCCAUCAUCUCCCCCCUUGUGUGUGGUCAAGGGGAGAAAGCCACGCCCAUCCUUGCCAGGCCACGCCCCCCCCACUUAGGCCACGCCCACCCUCCUCCCCAUUAUUCACUCCCGUUAUCGUGGCCCUUUCCUAUUGGCUGAACAAGAGGCCACGCCCACACUGAAACCGCAUCCCCUCCCAUGGCCACGCCCCAUCCCCCGGCAGGGGAACCAAUGGGAGCGCGGUUCUCCCGGCCUGUGGGCGGGGCUUGGCGCGGCCACGCCUUCCUUUUCCUUUUAUGGUGCUCUGGGCGUGGCCUCUCCUGACCCCACCCGCUUGGUGUGCAAUCCCAGUGGGCGGGGCUUAAAGCGGCCCGAUCGCCGCAAAGGGGGCGUGGCCGAGCAAAAAGGGGCGGAGCCUUCCGCUGCGCGGAGCGCUCCAAUUGGCUGACAUAGGCAGCAGGGCGGGGCUAUGCAAAUGAGGGGGGGCGGGGCCCUGCGCCCUUUUUUCGUUCUUUUUUUGGGUAUUUUUUUUUAUUUUUUAUUUUUUAUUUUUACCGUUUUUGGGGUAUUUUUUGUAUUGGGGGCAAAUGGACCGGGAUGGGAACCCCCCCCCCCCCCUAAAAUCCCGCGGGGCGGGGCCAAAGGGAGGGGGAGGGGCGGCCGGGCCACGCCCCCUGCGGGAGGGAGGGUUGAACGACACUAAUUAGUACUUAAUUAAUUAAUGGGGUCAUUAAAGAUGGCCGGAAAUGA